UCAUUUUUCAAAAGUCGCUGACUGAUAAAAUCACGCCGACGUUAUAAACGGAACAUCAUUACUUUUGCACAGUAUAUUUAUAACAAUUGAAUUCAUUUUUUAGUUGUAAAAUAUCGUUUGUCACAAAACUACAUUUAAUAAUACAAUGAUAAUAACCGUAAUGCUACACGAUUGAAGUUUUGUUGCAAUAAUAACUUUUAAUAACUUUUAAUAACCAUAAGUCAUCAAUGCAAAAACUAUAGUUGGUACGAAAAAAGCGCGAUAAUGAUUCUUUAAAUUUCGCGCUAUAGGAAUUGGAAUAACCUACCUUACCUUAGCUUCGUAAAAACCACGCCUGAUGAGUGAGUCGCGUAUAUACCUAUAUACGCGAAUGUUAUCUCGCACAAAUUGACAGUAUGUCACGGUGCGCGAGUGAAUGAACAAUUGAAACUUCAGAGCAAUGCUGAAAUCCUUAAGUGAUCAAGUAGCGUGAUAGGUUAUCAAUGAUCAAUGACAUCAAUGUCGACGAAAACUUUGUUUUGAUUGAUUUUGCUUUGACACUAUUGUGAAAAAUAUUGGUUCAAGUUUUUUUUCUAAAAAUAUCAUUUUCUGCUAUCUCAUUCUGAUAACAACUUAUUUGUUUGGAUAAUAAUUGUUUUGGUCAUCCAUAAAUAAAGUCCAAAUUGACUGGCAUUGCCAAGAAUUCCAAAAUCCAAAAGUCCAAGAAUAUGUACCAGAAUAUUUUUAAGUAGCUACAAAUAAUUUACCAGAUAUGGAUUUUGAUGUAUUAUCAGGAUAUGUAGAUAGUUAUGAAGGACGUGAUCAACUUCUACGGACAUUGUCCUAUGCAGCCAAGCUGGUAUCAGGUUUUCCUGCUUCAAAAGAAAUUUCGGAUAAAUUCAAAAGUUUUGGAAGUAAAAUGAGUGGGACCAGAGUUAUUUUAAGACUUCUGGAUGACGUUCCCAAUGUUAAUUAUGCCAUAAGUUACGGUUGGGGACAAAUGGAACCAGAUUGGUUUUUGAGAAUAAUUGAACUGAUAAAAAUAUCAGUCACUCUCACUUAUGGUCCAGUUGAACAUAUUUGUUGGGCUGGAGAAAACAAUUACUUAUCUAUAGACGUUGAAAAAUGGGGCAAUGCUUCAGUUUGGUUUUGGAUUGGGUCCCUUUAUCUGUCCUUGUUGAAAACACUAAGAAAGUACAAACUCUUUAAGGAACAAGAAGUUACUUUUAGAAAAAAUGAGCUGGAUCCGAGAUUUAACCGAUCAAAACUCAGACGUCAACAAAAUAAUGAGUUAUUACUUUGUUUGAGAUUGCUAUUAGAUUUGAGUUAUGCCAUUAGUUACCUUCCACCAGGCACCUUAUGGGGAGGAAAAUUUUCAACUUGGCAAGUAGGCUUACUUGGCACAAUAUCGUCGUUAAUCGGUUUAUACCAGGCACUUUCAAAGAAAAUUGCUCAGAAAAACAGUUGACUUGUAAUACCAAUUGUUGAAUGAACAAGAAUGUGAGUUUUGGUUGUGGAUAGGUUUUUAUAAAGAAAACUGCUUGUUUAAGUAUUAUAGCUAUAUUUGUUAUUGUAUAUGAGAUGUUUAUAAUAAAAUUAGUGGGGAAUAAUGCAUUGGUAGUUAAUUUUCCUACAAUUUUCUUUUUAUAAAAAUGUGAUAUUAAAAAAUAUAUAUUGAUUAAGAAUUAUAUCAUCUGUUUAUUUU